AUGUCCCUAUUUGCAGCAGAUGCUGCUCUUGGUAGCAUUAUUAACAACUUUACUAUAUUCGCAAAGGUGCCUGAUACUUUAAAACAACAAAUUAAAUUAUUUUACGUUUUCGAUGACGGUGUCGGACAUAACGUAGUGUUUGUGACAUCCGACGACUCGGUGUACGGCAUGGGUAUCAACGUUGACGGCGAGCUCGGGUUCGACAACAUCGGGCCCGUCGAGAGCGCCCGACUUAUGUCCGGAUUAUGUCAGCAAAAUAUACGAAAAUUUUUUCACGGCUCCCUAUUUGUGUUGGCAAUAGAUGAACGAUCUAGGAUCUAUAGUUUUGGACAUUUGAGCUGGGUGCCCCAAGAUGAUGGUCAAUUAGGCAGGGAUACUAGUGGCGACGAUUUUUAUAAACCAACUCUACUACCAUAUUUUAGCAAUGGUAACAUAAAGAUCAGCCAGGUUAGUUGUGGCAAUGUGCAUACUCUAAUACUGGCAGCCAAUGGACAGGUGCAUGGGUGGGGUGGUAAUAAACAUGGACAAGUAGGCUGCGGUAAAUUGGACUCGGAUAAUGUGUCGGACCCGAAAAUUAUUGUAUUUCCCGAUGGACACCAAAAUAUAAAAUUAUCAAGGCAAAAGCGUAUUCUGACACGCCUUGACGCAAAAUCUAAAGAAAAUAUACUAAACGAAGCUAGUAACUUAAUUACCCUGCGCAAUGAAUUCAGCACCGACUACCAGAUGUAUGUCAUAGACUACGUGAACUCGUGGCUCGAAAACGACUGUCUGUACAUCGAAAUGGAAUUGUGUUACGAUUCGUUGAAAAACUUUCUAAAAGUACUGCAAUCGGUAUCCGAAACGGAAUCCGAAUCCGGUUUCCGAAUACGAAUGGGUUUCGAAAUUCUCAUCGAACUCACCGAAUGUGUGCAGUAUUUACACGAUCACCAUAUUAUUCAUAGGGACCUCAAACCGGAUAACGUGCUAAUAGCCAGGCACAUUCAGAUGAACCAGACGAGAUAUUUAAAAUUAUGCGACCUAGGUGUUUCUAAGGACUUUCGUAAUUUAGAUUCGUUUAGCAUGUCGGCAGUGCAACAGACACAGGAAGUGGGAUCACCCGACUAUAUGGCACCCGAAGCUGAAGAGGAUUCAUAUAAUCAUAAGAUUGAUAUCUAUAGCCUGGCUCUCAUUGGGGCAGAGAUUUUUGGAUUCAAUAAAAAGAAUAUCACCCAGGGAAAAAAACUUGAUUAAUAUGACAGAAAUUUUGGAUCAAAGAACCAAGCUCAUAAAUGCAAAUUCCCAAUACUGCAUUGAAUUUUACAGUUUAUGGAUUGAAAAUAAGCUCAUACACGUUCAAGUUGAAAGUUGUACUCAAAAUCUACAUGAUGUUAGCAAGGAUAAAUCAGUGAUAUUUAAAAACCAAAAUUCUGUCUACAUGAUUUGCAUUGAUUUCUAUAUAUCGUAUGAAUUAAUGCGAGAACUCUUACAAUGCGUUUACGAUUUGCACCAAACGGUCGACACCGACACCAAUGGGGAACUGGAGUGCAUUCACAGCGACUUUAUUACUGAAAAUUUUUUAAUUU